UCGAAUUGAUGUAAUACACUACACGAAUUAAAGUUUCAAGACGUAGUACUUGUAAGUUGUUUAGUUAACCUUGUGACGAACGAAAGAUUAACCGCCGUCGUCAGGUGUUUGUUGAGACGCGCCAUUUUGUUUUGGCCUCCAGCAUUUAUUGAAGCCAAACGUUUUAAGUAACCCAUCCGCAAGUCGGUGCUGACCCAAUGUGAUUUCUGCCCAGUGCUCUGAAUGUCGAAGAGAAGAGAUUCGUUGAUGAAAAUUUGUUUUCUAAUACUUUUCGUUACACGAGAAAGUCUCCUGCAUUUAAUAAUCAGGUGUUGAACAUCACCAGAUGAAGAUGUUAGAUGUGAAUGAUGAACCAGCAAGCAAACUACUAGUGGAUGGAAAAUUUCAUUUAGAAGAUGGAAGAACUUAUCCCGUAUUUACCCAGUAUGGUACUGGCAAAGAUAAAAUCAAUUGCAACAUAAGUGAUUUGUUAAUACCAAGAAAUACUAGAGAUGCCCUCAAACAUGUUGCAAGUCUUGGUCAUCAGCACAGACUUCAUGACAACAUACUAGCAACCACAACACUUCGUAAGUGUGUCAAAGAGUAUGGCCUUGUCAUCCGAGCCAAUGACUCAGUUAGCAUGGAUGAAGAUGAAACCCCACCAGGAUGUGAAGAACUACAAUCUUGGUCCCACCCAACACAUAAAAUGUCUUCAUGCCUGAAGUCCCAUUGCAAAUCAGUUUUGAUUGGGCUCGAAUACGUUGUGGAAGUAAAUCCGGACCGUGACAUGAGUUGCACAUCUCAUUCUUUCUACAUUUGCUUGCUUUGUGAGAAACGUUCUGAAAAUCUUGAUAACAUUUUGAAGCAUAUUCAGUCGUCAGCUCAUCGCAUUUUCUAUUUGAAAAAAUACUUUCCCCGAGCACACUCAUUGUUUCUUCAAGCUGAUUCGUGUGUAGAAAACUGGCCGCUCAAAAUACAUGAGUAUUUAGAAACGAUUGCCAGCAGAAUUGAAACUUUCAACGGUCGCUUACAGAUUUUAUCGUGUCAUCGUACUCAAUGGGAAGUAAAAUCUCAACUUUUUCGCAUUAAAAUUGGUCUUGGAACUCACUUCAUAGAGACGCCGGAUUUGUUUUAUGACGAUAUUGCCUCUCCAUUUACUGAAACGAAAUCCGGAAAACGUGCCAAGGACGGAAAACCCGAAUUCUUUAUAGCCCCGCGUUUAGGUUCUGGUUUGACAGAUAAUGCUAAAAUGGAGAAAGCUGACCAAUGUACGGUCCCCGUCGAAAAGGGUCGUGGAACAACAGCGAUCGAAGAAGCUAUCACUCUGUCAUCAGAUGAAUCGAUCUUGGAAACUGACAGUGAAACGUGCGAAAGAAGUGUUGGUGUUGCGGCCCUUCGCGUCCCAAGCAGAACAGAUAGCUGCAGAACCACGUGGCGCACAAAAGCGAGAGAAAUGCUGCGGCCUAGGAAUGUGCAAGGGAAGUCAAUUUCAGUAGACAAGCAGGAAUCGCCAGCGGAAAUUCCCGUGUGUCAAUCUGUAGAAUGUGAUGAAGUCGUCAUAGUUGAAGAGCAAAUCGUCCAAAAAGAUAUGAAAUCUGCUUCGAACGCUCUUAAUCGCUUCGUUUCACGUUCGAUGUCAAGACGUCAUUCUCAAUCCUCGAAGCGAUUACGUUCAGUAUGCAGUUCCAUGAGUCGUGAUACUCUUUCCAGGUCUCGAUCUCGUUCUCCAAAGCGAUUACGGUCAAGCCACUCUUCCGAUGGACGCCCUCGGAACCACCACCGGUGCAAUACUGAUGUGCAACAUUCAUCGACGAGUAAUGCCCGGUCCGAGUAUGAGAAAGAACGCCACCAGGAUUUAGUUAGACGAAGUGGUAGAGACCGUGAAAACCCGGAAAAACAGCGGAAAGAAAAUAAUAACAACAACAACAAUAGAGCAAAAAAAGUAAUGAACGAAAUCCACUUGAGGAAAAAGGUUGAACAGAAAUUAAAUGCAUUCAAAGAAGCAGUAAACCGCAAACAGCAAAUUUACAAGGAGCGUCCACAAGACCAUCCACGAUACACCGUCGAGUGGGAAAUGUUCUGGAAGAGACGGUUUUCUGAGCUCGAAAAACAAGGGAAAAAUCCAUACAUGCAUGACUUUAAGCGCGAGUGGUUCAAGUUUUGGUUCAAGCGAAUGCAAGGACUGUACAAAAAGGAAAUUGAGGCAAAGAAAACGGAAUUAAUGAGCAAGUACGGAUUAGCCAAUGACGAAACUGACCAAGAUUACCCUCGUGAAGGCAACGCUUCCGAUUCUAAUAGUGACGGUCAGCGUCUGCUCCAAUUUAGCUGGGAAAAAAUCUCAAACGAAACUAAAUCGACAGCUGAUCUCAAAAAAGGAUCGGAUUCCGAAGGCUCAAAAAUUAAGAAUACCCCUCCAAAUGUUCAACAGCCUAUUAAAAUUCCAGCCGUUGUUGACCAUCCUCUCGUGUCACCCACUUUCGAAGAAUUGCAUAUUCUUCACAAGUCCAAGGAUAUUUCAGUUGUCGGUGGCAGUACAUCCCGUUCUGCAAGCAACCGGACUUCGUGCGACCCAACUUUGCUGCAAGUCCUGCGUAUGCUGGUCGCGCUUGAGGACAGCCUGGGAUCACUAGGCCCGAGCAUUACGAAGUUGCUAACACGAGCCCUUUCAGCCGAACGCUGCCGAACGGGAAGUUCAUCUGAAUUCUUGCAAGAAAAUGCUACGUUUGUUGUCGACUUGCUUGACACAUCAAAGGAGAAAUUAAAAGGCUUGCUUUGUGCUGGACUUUUGGAUGGAGUUAAAGCCGCGGCAACCUCCCAGGCUGUCGAAAGUGUUACUCGUUUUCUAGAGCGAUCGGUGCCACUUAUACACUGUGGACAAACCACCAAUAGGCCAGCAUCCGUUGACAUUGCAUCGUUAAUUCACAACUUACAAGAGGCUGGGCUCUUGCGUCCUAUUCAAUCGGCCACUGUCAUUCCGGCGACGUUGUCAUCCGUUCAACCUUCUAAUAUUGGCAACAUGGAAGAAAUACCUUCAAACGAUUCUUCAAAGUUUAUCACUGGAGUGCCUUCAUUGUCAGCAGAAGAUACAAUAAGCAGCAACCCAGCUGAUAAAUCCGAAUUUGGUUCUUUUGAUCAGUUCACUGGCAAAGAGCUUAAAAUCCUUAUUGUGAAUUUUCGCACAUUGACCGCGUCCCAGAAACGCGAUCUCAUUCAUUGCUUGCGUCACGUCGAAGAAACAUAUGCAGACAAGAACUCGAUGUGUCAGAGUCAAUCGGUGUCGUCGACUCCCGCAUCCCCGUCGUCUCCGUCGCCACAAAAACAUCGCGCGGACAAAAAUGACAAACGUAUUCAUCCUCAUUCACCAGAAGCCCGAUAUCCUUCCAUUCUCAAAAUGACGGGGCUGUCGUCUGACGAUUUGGAGAAUUAUGGCAUACCACUGAAGCAGCUCGACCCUAUUCGUCCGUCAAGAAAUCCGAAUUUCACCAGAAAAACUGAGGAGCUAGUUGCAUUGACAAACCCUCGUUCCCCGCGAAUCAACAGUGUUCAUCCGCAAUCUCCUAUUGGACAGUCACACCAGUGGACUCUGUCGGACGAGCGGAGCGGAACACUUACUCUAAUGUCAGUAGAGAAGCAACCUACCCGUGAAGAUAGGAUUGAACCUAGUCCAGAUCAGCCAAUCUUGUGUACGUUCGAAAAACGAGAAGAUGGAAGUUUCUGCAAUGCUUUGUUAGAUCCCAGGAGGAAUCGAGCGCUCCAAGUGCAGAAGCCGUCACCAAUGCCGGAACUAUCGCAUUCAACUGGCAGACCCAAUGAUCCCAUUAUAAUACCCACCUCUCCUGUUUUGUCAAGGUGGUCGCAACAAAGUGGAAUGAGACAAUCGUCUGAUUCCAGGCUCCCCAGCAGUUCUUCCAAAACCUUAAAUCCUUUUUCAAACACCGGGAACCCUUACUGGUAAAGACGUGUCAUUUGUUUAACCUUUUUAUUCGAUUCUCAGCAAUAUCGAAUCAUUUCCUAGUAAUCUCAAGUUAAUAAUGUUCCCUGUUCCUUUGUCAACUCUUAAAAAAUUGCUUUUGUUCCCCAACGCAGAAAGCGUUCUGUAAAACUGUUAAUGAAAUUUAGAAAUGAAAAUCCAGAUGCGCCAAGUA